AUGGUGGAAAGACAAGCGUCAGUCAUCUUGGCCAGCACUGGCGAAAGAGUCCGACGUCCAGUGUCGCUUUCCACCUCCAGUUUUGGAAGCGAUGCCACAGAAAACGAUGCCUUGCUUGGGCGACUGACCACGUCGACCAGUCUCGUGGCCAUCUCCAGCAGAGUCAAGCGAUUGGUCGCCUCUGGCGUGCGAUUGUCUUCGGACCAUGUCUUCCAAAGUGUGCUCAAAUGCACCAUAGCAUACUUCAUAGCAUCGUUGGGGGUCUACUGGACCCGUUUUGAUGACUUUCUCGGGUCGACAGACUCCAAGCAUGUGGUGGCCACCGUGGCCGUCUACUUCCAUCCUGCUCGCUCCAAGGGUUCCAUGCACCAGACGCUUGUGUUCGUGGUGAUUUCCCUUGCGUUCACGUUUACUGUGUCGGUACUCUGCCGGACGGUCUCGACUACGUUCUUCAACCAGGGUGAGGACGAGAUCUCCCAUGCCAUAGACGUAAUUAUCAGCUCGAUAGCGUUGGGAUUCAUCGCCUUCAUGAAACAGCAGAACAACAAGGCAAAUACCGCCUGUUCGCUCGCGUCUAUCUCCAUCAUUACAUGCAUCAUCAAGGAGGGAAGCUUGAACGCAGCCUCCAUUCCGUUGGAGCGGUUGAAGGCCACAUUUGCCGUGGUGGUGGUCGGAUGUAUCAUCAGCAUCUGUGUGUGCUACUUGGUCUAUCCAGUAAGUGCCGUGCACCAGUUGAGAAGGUCACUCAAUGACUCCUACAACAUCAUGUCUUCAGUGCUCUCGUUGGUUUCGCAUCGGUUCUUGGCUGGGGAAAAGAUCACAGCCAACGACGCCAAGGCCUUCGACCAGUUGAAGAGCAACAUCAGCGAGUUGUUGGUCAAUAACGAUGAGGCCAAGUUUGAGCUUCGUGCAAAGGGAAGAGAGAAGGAAUGGCUUGUUUUCAAUGAGCUUGUCUCCUCCACCAUCUCGUUGGCCAGACAUUUGCAAGCAUUGCGAAGCUCCACAGAUAUGCAGUGGAAAUUGCUCCACUCAAAUGACGAAGAUGAAAUACCAGACCUCACCAACGGAUCCCAUGAACAUCUUUUCGACAUAUUUGUAUAUUAUCUUGCACCACCUAUGAAAUCAUUUAUCUUCACCAUCAAAGGCAUAUUGUCAGAAAUCCCCUUUGAAAAGUACAGCGAAGAUCGUCCUAAUAAAUUUGCCAGGACUACCAACCUACAAAACUCAUUGAGAGAAUCCAUCAAGUUAUUUGAAACCAAACAAGCUACGUCUUUAAAAAAGCUUUAUGACCAGGAAGUCUUCACAGGUACUGCUGACAUGCUCUUGAAAACAGACCAAGAAGAAGUGGCCGCAUGUUGUGGUAAUUUUACUUCGUUAUUAGGUCUCUAUGCCACCGAAUUAAUGGAGUUUUUGAAGCUUGCAGAAACUUAUGAAGAUGCACGAGCACAGCCAAGAUCCUGGACUUGGAUGAAGUUCUGGAAGGCACAAGAAACCAAUAAAUUUACAGAAGAACAACGUCAGAACAGCACAUUGAAUGCCGCAUUGCUUGACCUUCAGAGCCAGUAUAGAAAACCAGACCACAAGGCAAAAAUCAAACCAAUUGAGACCUGGUCCUUCAAACUUUGGAAAGGCUUGAAAUUGUUUAGAAACUCAGAAGUCCAAUUCGGUAUAAGAGUUGGUCUAGGUGCAUUGGUUUUAUCUUCUUUGGCAUUUUUGCCACAAACUAGGGAAGGUUUCAAUCUGUGGAGAAUUGAGUGGGCUCUCACAGUAUACUGCAUCAUGAUGAACAAGUCUUUGGGAGGGACAACUAUGACCGUCAAGUGGAGGUUUAUAGGUACUUUUUUUGGAGCUUUUGCUGCAUAUAUCGUGUGGAUCACCACCGACGGAAAUGUCUAUGCUCUUUGCCUCACAGGAGUAAUCAUAUCAACCUUUUCAUUCUACAUUAUCUUGUUCUGGAAGAAGAAUAAUCCUUUUGGAAGAUUUAUCCUAUUGACUUACAAUUUGAGUGCAUUGUAUUCUUACAGUAUGACCCAACAAGACUCGGAAGAUGGAGGUGAAGGAGGAGAUUUUCCCAUCAUUGGUGAAAUUGCUUUUCACAGAGUCUUUGCGGUCUCCAUCGGAAUCAUCUGGGCAUUGAUUAUGGCAUCAUGUUUCUUACCAAACAGUGCUCGUGCUAGGCUCAAGAAUGGCUUGACCAUUCUUUGGCUUAGAUUGGGGGUAAUUUGGACAUCCGGACCUUUAGAUUAUAAUGACGAAGAUUUAAAUUUGAUGGGAUUGAAAGGAGAGGAGGGUGUCAACCAAUUAUUGGCCGAAUGCGAAGUUUUACUUAAACAGGCACCUCUAGAAUUUCGUCUUAAGGGAAGUUUCCCGGAGGAAACAUACAAGAGUCUCUUGAAGUGUACUUCAAACAUCAUCGAUUCAUUUCAGAACAUUACAUUAAUGAUCAAGGUUGACCCAAAAAUCAGCUCGAACGAAGACUUUGUUUUGAAAUAUAUCGAAUCAGAAAGAGACGAGUUGGAGCAUCGGAUUUUUUUGGUAUUCUACAUGAUUGCCAGUGCUAUGAGAUUGGGAUUCCCCUUACCAACUAAGCCCGCGUCAACAGAACACGCCAAAGACAGAUUACUUUAUAAAUUGAGUGAAAUCAGAAGCAACUCAAACGAUCAAAUGAAGCUAACCAAUGAGGACUUUAUCUUGCUCUACUCCUACAUUUUGGUCACUUCGACCAUUAGUGAGGAGUUGGACUCAAUCAUUGGCUUGAUCAAGGAAUUAUUAGGCGACUUAACGGAAGACACUUUCCAGCUAGUGUAG